AUGUUUGCAUUUGAACAAAUGGUGACUGCUCGCGAAGAAAUAUUUUCAAAGUUGGCGGAUUUAGAUGAUCAUUUUGCUGAUAUAUUUUUACAAACCAGCAGUGAAGAUGAUGUUUUGAAUGAAGAGGCACUUUAUGCUAUGAGACGACUUACACUUACUCACCGAAUUAUCCCGGUAGCUUGCGGAUCAGCGUUAAGAUGUGCAGAAACUGUAAGUCCAAUCCUUGAUUUGGUCAUUAGCUGUUUGCCAUGUCCAACAGAGAAGAAUGAUCUUGUUAAUAAAGUCUUUGGCAGUGACUUAAGUGCCCUGGUAUAUAAGAUUGGGCAUGACAAAAGGCUCGGACAGCUAGCCUACACACGUAUUUACACUGGUGAAAUCAAAAAUAUGGAUUCAUUAUAUAAUGCUAACAAGGAUAGUGUGGAAAAUAAAUUUAGUGUUCAUAUCCCGUAUAGUGAUCAACUACAGUUGACUUCUUCUGUCAAGGCAGGAAAUAUUGCUGUUCUAACAGGUAUGAAGUGUAUAGCUACAGGUGAUACACUUGUUGCAAACAGAAGAGCUGCUGAAAUGGCAAGUGAAAGGCGUCUGAAGUUAAUCGAUGAAGAUCUUUCUGGAGCUCAUAAUUUGUUCUUCCAAACUGCAAAAAGUCAUUCUGAACAUCCAGUUGGUUCCAUAAAAUCUAUUUUGUUAGCGGGCAUUGAAGCACCUGAUCCAGUUUUUUUUUGCACUGUCGAAGCACCAUCUGAAGCAGCUAAUGUGAAGUUUGAAAAGGCAAGAAGUUUAAAUGAUUUUUCAUCUCUAUUUGCUUUACAAGAACUGGCAGUAGAAGAUCCGUCCUUACAAGUGCGAUAUGAUAAUGAAUUAGGUCAAACGAUUAUUGGUACAAUGGGAGAGCUACAUAUUGAAGUUGUUAGAGAUAGACUUCGACGUGAUUAUGGCUUGAAUGUUUUCAUAGGAUCGCUGCAGGUCGCAUAUCGCGAAGUAAUUGAAAAUGAAGUUAGAAAUACCACAGUUUUAAAUGCUACAUUUGGUGAUAAUGAAUUGAAGCACGAAUGUAGAAUUACCUUCACUGUUAAACCAGAUAAAGGCAGCGGUAAAUUCAAGCAGGUUGUAGUACUUUUGGAUGAUAAUAAUGAAUAUGCGGGUGUUGGUAUACAUGAAAAUUGGUUGAAUGCAAUUAAUGAAGGUUGUUGUAAUGCCCUGUGCACGGGACCAUUAGCAGGUUUCACAGUUUAUGAUAUUACCGUGAUACUAACAGAUUUCGUGGCGAGCGGGAAACGUUUGAGUCCUGCAUUAAUAUCUGCUACUGCCAGUAAGUGUGUAACUGAGGCUUUACAGAAGGCAGGCACGCACUUAUUGGAACCUAUAAUGAAUGCUGAGAUAGUUACAACAAGUAAAAAGCAUGCAGAUAUGACACUUCAAGAAGUCUAUAGGCGAAGAGGCAUUGUGUCAAAUUGUGGAAUAGAAUGUAUCGGUGAUACAUAUGUUAUUCGAUGCAUUAUGCCACUUGCUGAAUUACAAGGUUUCUCCAAAAACAUUCGAAUUAUAACUUCAGGACAUGCAAGCAUUCACCUGGAAAUAGGUGGCUAUCAACACAUAAGCGAGCAAAAACAAAAAGAAAUUACAAAAAGGAAUCGUUAA